AUAUCCCAGGAUAGCGUGGUAGGCUGGGAGCACUCACCUUCCCCUCAACCCAAUGAAACUAACUUCCUGUACGAUGCUUUCUUCGUUUCCUUGAUCACGGCAAGUUCCAAUCCCCAGUUCACUUUCGUUCUAUAUCUGUGUGACUGUGUGUGGAAGUUCGAGAGAGAUGCAUAUAUGGCCGUCAUCUAGUAUCAGAGACUCGUUCAAGUUUACUUACUUGAACAAGCUCGAAUGGAACCUCCAGCGAAUGAAACGGGAGAAGCAACAACAGAAGCUUCAACAGUCUUCAAUUAAUCAGAAUUUGUUGGACGAGCAGAAUGCUCGCGAUUCUGACAAAGCUGACGUUUCCAAUUCGAAGCCUGAUGGUGGGAUUCUUGCGUUUUGCCAUGACUUAGGCAUAAUUCUCUCUUGCUGCUAUUGUUGCUUCUGCUGCGGAGCUUGUGUAGGGGAUAAGUGAGGAAAAUCUUAGCAUGGCAUCUUCUGUCUUCAUUGCUUCUGGUGACAAGAUCAUUUAGAUUUUAGAUUAGAUUCUGUACAGCUACUUACUGGUCUUCUCAUAAUGGUCUAGAUUGUUAUGGCAUGGCCAUACAGAAAUAGUUUUAUGUGAAUCUCAAAUGGGUCGUGCAGAUUCACUCUUGAUUUUUAUAUUUCCUGCAAAAAUUGUAUUUUAAUGUUGAAAUUGAUUUUAUGACAAUGAUGAAAUUAUAGAUAUGGUUGUUGUUAUCAAGGUACAA